GGAGCAUGAUAAUUCAGAUUAAGCGGACCUGAAAGAGUAGACUUCGUACUAUAGCUUAAAACAGAGCUGAUAAAUAUCUGAUUUGUUGUGGAAUUAAACAUCUUGUUUCAUGUUUUAUUUGAAGUUGUUUUUUAUGGUUAGUGUGCCCUAUUUAGUAGUUUAUGAUUUUUUUUGGUGAAGAAGAAGUGAUGUAUGAUGUGUUAUUAUACUGGAUAUUAAAAAGUGAAAUAUGGGAGGAACAAAAUGCUUACAUUUGAAAGAAUAAAUACUAAACCAGUAGAUUUAAUCUUUCUAUAAGAAAAAUUGUUUAAAACUGUGCGAUUUUGAAGUAAGGACAUAAGAGGCAACAGUAAGACGGAAUCACAGGACGAAGGCACGUUAUAGUACAAAGGGAUUAAACACCAGUUAGUGUAAACUGAAAAAGCAAAGAGUAUAAUACAUUGGAGAGUAGGGUGAAAUUUCAAAAAAUGAUUCGUUCAGACAUAGUCAACUAGCACAGUAACCUAAAGCAGCAAGAUGAUGUCUAAUUGUUUACUUUAUUUGUUUUUCUUCGGGAUAGUGCUUAAGUCAGUGAAAGGCAUUGUGACUAUUACCUUUGAAACAGAGGAAGAAAUCACAGGAAAUGUCUAUCUGGGAAGCAUUGCAGCAAAAUUAGGAGCAAAUGAAACUGAAAUAUUUGGUGGCAAUUUGGAAAGUGCAAACUAUAACAUCUUGAAGUCAGGUGAUGUAGACUACUCUGAUUAUUUUGACUUCAAUCCAGCAACUUCUGAUUUUUAUUUGAAGCAAAAAGUUGAUCGUGAGGAAGUCUGCCAGCAAAGUGAAGUAUGUAAAAUGAGAGCGAUACUUUUUGGUAAUUCUGGCACAGUCACUGAAUUUGUUAACAUUAAUGUCACAGUAAAGGAUAUAAAUGAUAAUAUUCCAACAUUUUCGGAAUCGGUAAAGAAUCUAUACAUCCCAGAGGGAACCUCGAUUCGGACAAGCUACACUCUGACACCGGCUAUUGAUUUAGAUUCCGGCAUCAAUGCGAUCCAAGAAUAUAUACUAGAACCGUCGCGAACUGACUUCGAACUCGAAAAGCAGCAAAAUCUGGACGGGUCAUCGACCUUGAAUCUCAUACUGAAUUUAAGUCUUGACAGGGAAUCCACACAGAACUACACGUUAUAUGUAAAGGCAGUGGAUGGGGGCACGCCUCCCUUUACAGGAACUCUUACUGUUAAUAUCAAUGUCACCGAUAAAAAUGACAACCGGCCAAUUUUUCAGUCAACAGAAUACAAUGCUACUAUUGAUGAAGAUGUUGAAAUUAAUACUGUGGUUAUCACAGUCUCUGCCAUAGAUAGAGAUAUAGGUGAAAACAGUAGACUAGCUUACUACUUCGCAGACUCCGUUUCUUCAAAUAUAAGACAGUAUUUUGGUAUUAAGGAGACAAGUGGUAACAUUUUUGUGAAAGAGACGCUUGAAUCGACAAGUCGGCCUUUUAUCUUUUUCAUAGAAGUCAAAGAUCAUGGGGAUCCAAUGAAAAAGAGCCAAGCAAAAGUAACAAUUAAUAUCAGGGGCAAAAAUGAUAAUCGUCCAGUAAUUGAGAUGAGUCCACCUAGUAAUAUCAGCAUAAAAGAGAAUUUGAAUAUCGGUACACACGUUGCCUUGGUUAUUGUUUGGGACGAGGACUGGGGUCUUAACGGAGAGGCAGACUGCGAGUGUCUUAAUUCCAAUUUUACAAUUAUGAAGGCGAAUGAAGUUGCACAAAAUAUAUUUAGUCUUGUAAGUGCCGUUGAGUUUGAUAGGGAACUGCAGGCCUUUUAUACUGUAGAAAUAAACUGUAGCGAUAAAGGUCAACCCCCAUUGUCUUCAAAUCACACAUUUAUUGUUACAAUUACUGAUGAAAAUGAUCAUACUCCAAUAUUUGCAAAGAAUAUUUAUACUGUAGAUAUUUUAGAGAAUAUUUCUGUUGGUGCUGUUUUUGAGAAAGUCCAGGCCACAGACCGUGACAUUGAUCUAAAUGGAAAAAUAGUGUAUGAAAUUGAACCAUUUGCAGAAUCGAAUAUGUUUGAAAUUGAUCCUGAUGGCGGGCAUAUCAAAGCUGCGGAAAGGUUUGACAGGGAGACUGAAGAUGAGUACUAUUUCAUAGUAACUGCACGAGAUCAGGGCCCAAAUAAGCGCUCUGCUACUGCACAGGUUAUUGUACAAGUCAAAGAUGUUAAUGACAAUUCUCCUGCUUUUAUUGGUGACAGUUACGCCAUGUCUAUACUGGAGAAUUCCAACAUCAGUAAUAGUCUUGGAACAGUAACUGCUACGGAUGCUGACCUUGACGACAAUGGAAAAGUUUCGUAUAUGAUACCCGCUAAGUAUGCUAUGUUUCCAUUUGCGAUUCUUGACGAUGGAACCGUAAUAACCACUGAAGUUUUAGAUCGUGAAGUCAGAGAUUAUUACCAUUUUAACGUUGUUGCAUCAGAUCACGGGAAUCCUCCACGUACAAGCAGUGUGCCAGUUUUCGUGACUGUGCUCGAUCAAAAUGACAAUGCACCAAUUGUAGAAUUUCCGUAUGGAGAUAAUGAUACUGUUACAGUUGCUCAUGAUACAGGUCCUGAUAGCGUAAUUGCUAGUGUUGUUAGUGCUAAGGUUAACACAAUGCCAGCUGUCUCAAAGCGGCAAAGAAAUUUAAGGCUCUGUGGAUUUAAGAAAGGUGUCAGUAAUGUGCACAGAGGUAAGAAACGUACUUAUGUCAAGCACAACACAGAUAAAAGGUACAUUAGGCUCCCAAAGCAGUCUUAUGAGUCCCGCAUCCAUGAGUACAAAGGUAUCUUUACCUUUAAAGAUGUUGAUGGUACUGACACCAAUGCUGUACCACUUCGCAGCUCGGCUGAGACUAGAACACUGUCUGAUGAUUACUCUGUACCAGAUAACAUGGAUGUACACCCUGACCUUUUGACUAAUAGACUGUACCGUCCCCUUGAACUGAACCAGAUGUUUAAUUCUGAAAUAAAAAUGCACUGUAUUGGAAAUAACGCAUGUACUGGUGACUUGAUUAUUGAUGCUUCUGUUUCACGUAAAUGGGGAAUCUGUUGGUAUGAACGCCUGAAAUGUAGUAAAUGCAAUUACAAGAGCAAGUUUUACCAAUUAUUUGAACAUGUAGAUUCCAAUGUAAGAGGUAGAAAGUCUGCAAAAGCUAAUUUAGGUCUACAGUUAGGAGCCAUGACUACCCCGGUUGGGAACACCGGCUUGGUGCGAAUUCUUGCUAAUACAAACAUCACUCCACCGGCUAAAAAUUCUAUGCGCUUACAGUCUAAUAGUGUUGGCAAGGCUAUUGUUGAACUGAAUAAGAAUAAUAUGCAUGAGUUAAGGCAAAAAUUAAAGGCUGAAAAUAAGGCAUGUGGCAACAAAAACCCAGAAAUGACUAAUGUUGAGGGAGAUUCUUGUUACAACAACCCUCUAUUCAAUGCUGAUAGUACCCCUUUCCAAGCUGGCACCAUUGUCACUACCACUAUGUGUGAAAAUAAUACAAGAAACAAGCAAAUAAUUGGUGCUUUUGUGGGGGUGAAAAUUUGUAAAAUUGCCUCUGAGCUUAGAAAUAAAGGGGAAACUGUAGUCUGUCCUAACCACAGGGGACACUGUACAGCAUCAUUAGCUGAGUCUGAUUCCAUUGGCAAUGAAUCACGCUGGAACAGUCAGGUGGCUACUGAAAUAAAUCAUGAUCUCAGUAUUGCCCAUUUCACUGGUGAUGGGGACUCUAAGGGACAUAGUGGUGUUGACAAGGGCCAGUCUAAACCUGUUUCACAUCUAAAAGACAUAAGACAUCUUAGCAAUUCAAUGCGCCGUCAAAUAAAUAAGGCAAAGUUCAGCAAAAAUAUGUUUAGUGGCCCCCACAUGGCUAACCUUCAAAGUAGGCUGUCACUAUCUAUCAGAUCUAGGUGUGUAAGUGAGCUAAAAAAAGCCCAUUCUGUAUACCAGGGAAACAUUGAGGCAAUUAAAGGGGCUAUGCAUAAUGUGACACUGACAAUUAUUCUCUGCUUCAAAGGUAACUGCGGUGAAUCCUGUAAGAAAUACAGCUUUGUUUGUCCCGGUAACUUUAAACAAUCAAAGAAUUACUUGCCAGCAAAUCUAAAACUGAAAAUGACCAAAUCUGAUGAAGCAACUUUAUAUUCAUGUAUUCAAGUUUUGCUUGGUCCAAAUAGCAUUGAGUUAACCAAACUACAGACUUCAACUCAGAAAUGUGAAGCGGUCAAUCGUGCAUAUACUUCAUGCAUGCCAAAGUCUGUCACGUAUUCUAGGAACUGUUUGGGUCGUAUACACGGUCAAAUCCUGAAACUGAAUCAUGGAUAUACUAACUCCACUCUUUUAAAGUCACAGUGUUUAGGUGCAAGUUUACCUAAGGGUACAUUAGUUAUUAAACACUUACUUAAGUCUCAAAAACUUGCUCUCAGAUUGAAAUCUAAACAAUGUCAGAAAAAAAUGAACGACUCUCGCUACGCAUCACGUAUGCGAAGCAAGAUGAUGUCUAAUUGUUUACUUUAUUUGUUUUUCUUCGGGAUAGUGCUUAAGUCAGUGAAAGGAAUUGUGACUAUUACCUUUGAAACAGAGGAAGAAAUCACAGGAAAUGUCUUUCUGGGAAACAUUGCAGCAAAAUUAGGAGCAAAUGAAACCGAAAUAUUUGGUGGCAAUUUGGAAGGUGCGAACUAUAACAUCUUGAAGUCAGGUGAUGUAGACUACUCUGAUUAUUUUGACUUCAAUCCAGCAACUUCUGAUUUUUAUUUGAAGCAAAAAGUUGAUCGUGAGGAAGUCUGCCAGCAAAGUGAAGUAUGUAAAAUGAGAGUGAUACUUUUUGGUAAUUCUGGCACAGUCACUGAAUUUGUUAACAUUAAUGUCACAGUAAAGGAUAUAAAUGAUAAUAUUCCAACAUUUUCGGAAUCGGUAAAGUAUCUAUACAUCCCAGAGGGAACCGCGAUUCGGACAAGCUACACUCUGACACCGGCUAUUGAUUUAGAUUCCGGCAUCAAUGCGAUCCAAGAAUAUAUACUAGAACCGUCGCGAACUGACUUCGAACUCGAAGAGCAGCAAAAUCUGGACGGGUCAUCGACCUUGAAUCUCAUACUGAAUUUAAGUCUUGACAGGGAAUCCACACAGCACUACACGUUAUAUGUAAAGGCAGUGGAUGGGGGCACGCCUUCCUUUACUGGAACUCUUACUGUUAAUAUCAGUGUCACCGAUAAAAAUGACAACCGGCCAAUUUUUCAGCCAACAGAAUACAAUGCUACUAUUGAUGAAGAUGUUGAAAUUGAUACUGUGGUGAUCACAGUCUCUGCCAUAGAUAGAGAUAUAGGUGAAAACAGUAGACUAGCUUACUACUUCGCAGACUCCGUUUCUUCAAAUAUAAGACAGUAUUUUGGUAUUAAGGAGACAAGUGGUAACAUUUUUGUGAAAGAGAGGCUUGAAUUGGCAAAAGGGCCUUUUAUCUUUUUCAUAGAAGUCAAAGAUCAUGGGGAUCCAAUGAAAAAGAGCCAAGCAAAAGUAACAAUUAAUAUCAGGGACAAAAAUAAUAAUCGUCCAGUAAUUGAGAUGAAUCCAUCUAGUAAUAUCAAAAUACAAGAGAAUUUGAAUAUCGGUACACACGUUGCCUUGGUUAUUGUUUCGGACGAGGACAAGGGUCUUAACAGAGAGGCAGACUGCGAGUGUCUUAAUUCCAAUUUUACAAUUAUGAAGGCGAGUGAAGUUGCACAAAAUACAUUUAGUCUUGUAAGUGCCGUUGAGUUUGAUAGGGAACUGCAGGCCUUUUAUACUGUAGAAAUAAACUGUAGUGAUAAAGGGCAACCCCCAUUGUCUUCAAAUCUCACAUUUAAUGUUACAAUUAUUGAUGAAUAUGAUCCAGUAAUUCAGAUGAGUCCAUCUAGUAAUAUCAACAUAAAGAGUCCAUCUAGUAGUCCAUCUAGUAAUAUCAACAUAAAGAGUCCAUCUAGUAAUAUCAACAUAAAAGGGAAUUUGAAUAUAUUAUUUAUUACAAGUUUAGUCAGUUAUUUCUUUCAUGAGUUUUAACAUUAGAAAAUAUGAGAAAAGUAGUUACGUGUUAAUCGUAUCUUUUGUUGCUGAGAUUAAUGCAUAAAUAUUUUUUCAAUUAAAUUUUUAUUGCAAUUUUAUUGUCCAAUUUUGCAUGUACAAUUUGUAAUUUAUGUGAAUUUUAUUGUUGGAGCAAUUGAUGUACCACAAGAUAAAACACCAAGUUCUUGCUUUUAUCUUUCCAAUCUGACACCACUGUAAAGAUUUUUUACAACUUGAAACAAAAGAUUCUUAAAAUAAAUGAUUUAUAUCAUACCUCUUUUAUAUAAAAAUGUUAAAUUUAAUUGAUUCUAUGAUAAGAAAUAUUAAGAUAUCAUCAGACCCCUAAGGCAAAUUUUUAUUCAUGUAUUCAAGUUUUGCUUGGUCCAAAUAGCAUUGAGUUAACCAAACUAUACAGACUUCAACUCAGAAAUGUGAAGCGGUCAAUCGUGCAUAUACUUCAUGCAUGCCAAAGUCUGUCACGUAUUCUAGGAACUGUUUGGGUCGUAUACACGGUCAAAUCCUGAAACUGAAUCAUGGAUAUACUAACUCCACUCUUUUAAAGUCACAGUGUUUAGGUGCAAGUUUACCUAAGGGUACAUCAGUUAUUAAACACUUACUUAAGUCUCAAAAACUUGCCCUCAGAUUGAAAUCUAAACAAUGUCAGAAAAAAAUGAACGACUCUCGCUACGCAUCACGUAUGCGAAGGUAUAAGGUUCACGCAGAGGUCCACUACUCUAAAGGGCUUACUGACCCUACCCCGGACUUGUCGAAAAUCCCCGAACUUGCUGAUCAUAUGUAUUUUCACUGAACCGGUCACAUUUCUAAGUACUGGAAAAUAUUUCGGUUAAUGUUGUACGACUAGUGCUAUUUUUCUGUAAAUACUGUAUUAUAUUCUGAUCAAUGUAUCUAUAAAAAUUUCAUUUCUUUUUCCAUAUUACAUGUUUUAUAGAGGCUGUCAUACACUGAAAUACCUGUAAAAUGCAAUUUGGAUAAACCCGGCCUUGCCAUUUAUGACCAAAACACUGUUCCAUACACUGCUGUCUUGAAUUAUUUAUGAUUUGAGGCUCUAAACUCAAAUGUUCCGGGUUACAGCAAAGCGAAAACUUGCAUAAAUGGGACACAUGAUCAUUAUUUUAUAGUUCUAUUAUGUUUUUAUCUAUCAUAUAUGCCAGUCUGUGUACAUAAUAAUAUUUAGAAUGAGCAUCUUGUGGAAAUCAUGAUCAACAAUUAGGUAAAAUUUGUCGUCUUAUCGGUAAAAUUAUUCCCCUUGAAAUCACCUGGCAGUGCGAUAUCGAUUUUUAUCUGGUUGAUAUUUUCCAAUAGAAACAAAGAAGGAAAAAAAGUUUGAACAAAUAUUGUUUUAAUUAGAAUGAACACACAAUAUUUAUUAUCCUAUUGAAGUGUUCGUCAUUCUUUUCUCUUUACAAAGAUAAAAAAUUAUUUAUCUAAAAUGAAGAAUUAAUGCUUCCCUUGGCGAUUAAAAAACAUCACUAUCAGUCUCUGUUUACGGCAUAUAGUUACUGAAUAAAAUAAGCAAAAACCUGUGAUACGUAUCUUAUUCUUUUCCCUGUAGCCACUUAUUCAUACAUUGAGAAUAUUUAUUAUCCUAUUGAAGUAUUCUACAGACAAUAAACUUUUUAUAUAUGUUUUUAUUUUGAAAUUAUUUUUAUGUCUUCUUGCUUCCCUAGACGUUUAAAAGUUGGUGAUUUUUGUAUUAUUUCUUUAUUUGCCGUGUCCGUGGUAUUUCCGGACGCGUGCGGAAACGCACGAACCCGCCCGAAGUUUAGCUGCCGAUGAUACAGAAAAUAUUAUUAUUACAACAUAGUAUUAAGUGAUAAUAAUAGUGCGGGAAUAAUUCCAGUUAUAUUAAGGCGAACCAUAGUUUUUGGGAAUCACAAGCUUACCGCAAAAGAAAUGUUACAGGGAAACAUGCUGACGUAUCAUGUUAAUAAAUAAAUAAAAAGAAUUAGUGCCUAGAUAAUGACUAUUCAUGCCAUUUUGUUUAAAAGCAACACAUGUGUCUAUAUCUAGCAAUGCCAUUAAGCUAUAUAGUGGCUGGGGUGGCCCCAAAGGAUGGAUGGGUGGCCUUUAAAGGGUGUCCCGAUAGGAUAAGUACGGUAAUCUGCAUUUGUAUACCAAAAUUAUGUUAAAAGUACAUGGUUUUAACAUUUGAAAGGCUUUAAAAUGUAAAUAUCAUGUGAAAUUAACUUUAAAGGCAGUAAAUAGUUUUUCGGGGUUACUUUGAUUCAGAAUGCAAAUUUUGGCUGAUUUUUGCGUGGAGGGGUGGGCACUUUUGUUGGCUUAUUCACCGGCUAUCUUGCAAGGUACGGCAACACUUUUUGUUCAGUUGAUAUCACUAUAAGUGUCUUAGGAUUCAGGACAGGUUACAUUUUAUUUUAUCUAAACAUCUUAAAAACUUAAGGUGGCAGGGGAGCGGUUUCGUAAUUUGGCCCUGGUCGAUUUUCUGUAUUAACAGGACAGGGUAGAUAUAAAGGCAUAUCUAUCUUACUGGUUAUUUAUCAUUAUUAAUUCUUUAAUAUAUCUGGGGAAUGAGGAACGGUUAAUGAUUCUACAUGGCGGGUGUUUAAAAUUCCUAGCUCCGUACUUCCGGUUGAGGCUAAAACAUAAACAUCAGAACAAAAAGUCGACCAGACGCUCGGCUGUUAUCCAUCCACUUUUUUUCAAGUGAAAAUUAGGGAAAUAAAGUGGUGGUUGGGAGACACAUUCCACACCACCUGGGUAUGCAUCUAUGUUUGCACUAUACAUAUAUGCUACGAAAUUGGAUUUAAAAAUACAAAAUGGAUGAAUGGCAGAGUUCAAAGUGAGGCCCGGUUAGGCUAAUUUUGGUCUAUAAAAUUUGGGUGAUUUGGCCAAUUUUCACUACAUCUGGCAUGGAAAGCGACAGGUGCAUAGGACCGGAGAGUCGUCUUUAUGUAGUCUAUAGUAUCUGCAAUAGUCCAUAGUAGUUUCAAAGAAAAAUAAGCAAAAACGAGAUUUCUAUGGAUAUUUCAACACUGGUACCCACACGUCAAUGUGGAAUUCGCAAAUCUGCACUCCCCUGCCACCUUAAGAAAAUGCUGACGAUAUAGAAAUAGAAGGUUUUUAGGAAACACUGACAACAAAGAAUUAUUAUUAUUGUUGUCUUUCAAGUAUUAAUAAAACAGUAUUAAUUGGAAAUGACUUGUAAAAUAGCGCAAAAUUGACAUCAUUUAAACAGAAAAUACGCUGGGUUGAUUUUAUAUAUCUAAAAUAUACAUUAAAAAAGAAAAGUAUUUGAGUGUUCAAUGUGUUUAAUUCGUUAAAGUUAAGAAAUUAAUAAAAGCAUUUAUAAAUUCAAGUUGUAUUACCAUUAAUAAUGUGAAAUAAUAAUGAAAUUGUAAUUAAUCUACUUUAUAAUUAAGCACCGCUGUUUUUUUUGUUUUUUUUUUUGUUUGUUUCUUUCUUGUUUUUUCUUUUAAAUUUUUUAAAAAUUAUGCGUGCAUUACAUUAAUCAGACGUUAUAUAAAUUACUUGCAAAAGUAAACUGCGUAUAUAUUAUUUAUACAAAAGAGUAUUUAACUUACUUAAAUGAAAUAAAAUCUCUAAUAUUUCUUUUUUUUAGCAUUAUUUAAUCAUAGACAACAAUGAAGUGAGCGAGGCAAUCAUACGGACAAGUAAUGCGCUUCAUAUUUCAAAAAUGGUAAAAUCAAUUUAGACAGCACAUGGACCGAUAAUCUAAGAAUACACUAUAAUUAUUUGUUUGUUUCAUACAAAAAUUAUAAUUGUCUUCUAUAUAAGGGGAUGAAACGGAAAAUGUUUGUGAUUUAUUGUUAGAAAGCGCACCAUCUUUAAUCUUCCCCGUCCGUUUUCACACAAUGAUUAAAUCAAUCGUUUUGUUUGUUCUCACCUUUUUAUUAAAAUGUUAUCCUAUAAUUAUGAUAUCCUUUAAUCUGCUACUGACAGUCACAGUUUUUUAAGUUAAUCAAAAAUGUAUACAUGUGUGAUUGAUCAUUCGAGUUCAACCGUUAAAUUGUAAUAAAUGAGUAAUUACAUGAAAGCCAUUCUCAUUCAUCAGAUCUUCGACAUGGUACCCGAGACGAAAGCCAUUCUCAUUCAUCAGAUCUUCGACAUGGUACCCGAGACGAACCGGGGUACCAUGGUAGACAUCUGGUUUGCGAGAAUGCAUGAAAGCGUAAUUAUACCAAAAGUAUAUCUCAAUAAAAGACCUAAAUGCCGA